ACCACCAGCCCCACCCCUCUUUCUACCUCGUGGCCUUAGCUAGCCACAUGGCACAAUUUAACUACAAUAAAAAUAAUUAUAGCUAAAGAAAGUCACAUUACUGGCCGGCUCUACAUUGCAGAUGGUCUACAAGUAGCGGUACUCUAACAGCAGAUCAAACAUGCCACCCAAGAAGAAGAUAAAAUCUGACUACAUAAAAGCAGAUUGGAAGAGGAAACGUCAAAAUAAGAAGAGGAAGGAUGGAGGCAAGAAAGAGAGAGAGGGCGAUGAUUCCCGGGGCGCUGGUUACAGGGAUAUUGUCAAAGAAAACGAACUCUUUGUGAAAUACUACCAGGGCCUUGGUUUUAUAGACGAAUGGGAUGAGUUCAUUACCACAAUGAGAGAGCCACUACCCGCCACCUUCAGGAUCACCGGGACAAGACUAAUGGCCGAGCAUGUGCUCACGUGUCUACAGCGGAGGUAUUUCGGAGAGUUGGCAGAGAUGGUGGUAGAGGGAGAGAAGGUUCCUCCACCAAAACCACUCGCUUGGUACCCCAACAACUUUGCAUGGCAUGUGCCGCUCACUCGCAAGUUCAUUCGAAAAUCACCUCUCAUGUCCAAAUUCCAUUCCUUCCUCGUCAAAGAAAACGAGCAGGGCAACAUCAGUCGUCAAGAGGCAGUGAGCAUGAUCCCACCUCUGUUGCUUGAUGUCAGACCACACCACAAGGUGUUGGACAUGUGUGCUGCCCCAGGCUCUAAGACAGCACAGCUGAUAGAGGCUCUUCAUGCUGAGGACAGUCAAGAGUCAACCAUACCAGCUGGUGUGGUGAUAGCCAACGAUGCUGACAACAAGCGUUGCUACAUGCUCAUCCACCAAGCCAAGAGGCUCAACAGUCCGUGUUUCAUCGUCACCAAUCACGACGCUUCAGUCUUCCCAAUGUUCUACUAUCACGAUGAAGAGGACGUGAGGCAUCCAUUGUUCUAUGACAGAGUACUGUGUGAUGUGCCCUGUAGUGGUGAUGGUACAUUGCGUAAAAACCCCAUCAUCUGGAGGGAGUGGAAUCCAUCAGUUGGACUAUCCCUACACAAACUGCAGUUGCGUAUUCUGACUCGUGGUCUUGAGUUACUGGCCCCCGGUGGUCGUCUGGUCUACUCCACCUGUUCCCUCAACCCUGUCGAAAACGAGGCUGUCAUAGCAACCAUGCUCUCGCUCUGCAAAGGUUUUGUCCAGUUAGUGGAUUGCACUGAGUGCCUGCCUGGACUAAAGAGGAUACCUGGACUCACCUCAUGGAAGAUAAUGAGCAAGAAAGGAGAAUGGUACUCAUCAGUCUCCGAGCUACCUGAGUCGUCACAACUACCCCCCACAUUGUUCCCACCACCCCCCACAGACCCCCUUCACACACAACUACCCAAAUGCAUGCGAGUACUCCCUCAUCAUCAGAACACUGGUGGAUUCUUUAUUGCAGUACUGGAAAAGACCGAGUGGUUGCCAUGGCAAAAACAGCGAAAAACGACUACUGAAGCGGAUCCGGAAUCUGAAAAAGUUGUACUGGAUUCUCAAACACCCAUUCCUUAUAUUGCUACUGAUCCUCAGGAUACUUCUGCUGAAGUUAGUAAUCCUUCUCAGGAUACUGAAGGAGUCAGUCAGGAUACUAGUAGUACGCCUCAAGACGAGGCAGAAAAGAAAGAAAAAGAAGAAGACGAGCGACCAUCGAAAUCCGUAUUAGGAAAGCCAGCAUUCCAACAGCGGAGGAGUCAUGGUUACAAGGAAGACCCAUUUGUCUUCCUACCCAGGGACAGCGAUGUGCAACAGACCGUAGCACCUUACUAUGGCCUCCCUGAGAGCUUCCCGUUCGACCAAUUGCUCACCAGAAGUGUCGGUGGUAAGAGACGUAACAUUUAUCUCUCUUCUAAACUCGUGAAGGAGCUCACCAUCAGGAACGAACAUGUUGUUAAGAUCAUCAACAUUGGUAUAAGACUGCUCUCAAGAUACGACCAUCAGAGAACAUCAUGUACCUUCAGAAUAUGUCAAGAGGGGGUAGAAUCUAUCCUGCCGUACGUGACCUCCCGUAGUGUCCCGAUGACACAGAGUGAUCUGGUGAUGGUCCUCUCUCAGCCCAACCCCCUCACCACUGAACUGUCACAGCUCGCCCAGGACGCACUCGAGCUACUAGAUCUGGGUCCAGUAUUGUUCAAGUACUCCCCUCCCCCAGCAACAGAUGCUGUAGCCACCUGCUCAGACAGUGACAAGUUUGUUCUGACGUGCCCCAUGAGUCUGAGUGGGUGGCGUGCUGGCAAGUCAGUGCGACUCUUUGUAGACAAGGUCUAUCGCUAUCACUUCCUGUCUAUGUUGGGGGAGGAGCCUCAGGAGAACCAGUCCCUCGAGUGUGUGACCCCAGCCUCUAGAGUGGGCGGAGUCAAUGAGGAUACAGAAGAAGAUGAUCUGACACACACAGAAAUGGAGCACCCCCCCAGUGAGGGGAAGCCCCUGGAUGACAAGUCAAGCAUCUCAAAACAAGAUGGUGACUCUGGCGAUGGCUGUGAGAGGGAGAAUGGGCCUCCUGGAAUGGAUACUAGAGUAGAUACUGGAGUGGAUACGACUGAAAUGGAUACUGGAAUGGAGACAAGAGUGAGGACUGGAAUGGAGACUGGAAUGGAGACUGAGAUAACUGACUGAUAUUACUACCAGUGUGUCUCAGUUCUAUGUGAAUAUCACUAGUAGAUACAUCUUGCAAUUUAUUUUAUUUUCUAUACUUAUUAGAAAUCUUUUUUCAUAAAUCAUGACAUGAAAACUAUUGACAUAAAUUAUUGUAUCUUUCAA